UCCCUCCUUCCUUCUCCCCGCCGCGUCCCUGGCGGGGAGGGCCCGAGAACGGCUGCGCCGCAUUCUCGGAGGAUCCACGGUGUCAUGUCCAACCAGGGCCCCCGGAGGAACGGGCCCGUCAAGCUGCGCCUGACAGUUCUCUGUGCAAAAAAUUUGGUGAAAAAGGACUUUUUCCGGCUUCCUGAUCCAUUUGCUAAAGUGGUGGUGGACGGAUCUGGCCAGUGCCAUUCUACUGAUACUGUGAAGAAUACCCUUGACCCAAAGUGGAAUCAGCAUUAUGACUUAUACAUUGGAAAGUCUGACUCUAUAACAAUCAGUGUAUGGAACCACAAGAAAAUCCAUAAAAAACAGGGAGCUGGUUUUCUCGGUUGUGUGAGACUUCUUUCUAAUGCUAUCAACCGCCUCAAAGACACUGGUUAUCAGAGAUUAGAUCUAUGCAAACUUGGGCCAAAUGACAAUGAUACAGUUAGAGGACAGAUAGUAGUAAGUCUUCAGUCCAGAGACCGGAUAGGUACAGGAGGGCAAGUUGUUGAUUGCAGUAGAUUAUUUGACAAUGAUUUACCUGAUGGCUGGGAAGAAAGGAGGACAGCUUCUGGAAGAAUUCAGUAUUUGAAUCACAUCACACGAACAACACAGUGGGAGAGACCAACACGGCCAGCAUCGGAAUAUUCCAGUCCUGGUAGACCUCUGAGUUGCUUUGUGGAUGAGAACACACCUCUUACAGGAAUAAAUGGUGCAACAUGUGGACAGUCAUUUGACCCCAGGCUAGCGGAAAGGAGAGUUAGAUCUCAGAGGCAUAGGAAUUACAUGAGCAGGACCCACCUGCAUACUCCUCCAGAUCUACCUGAGGGAUAUGAGCAAAGGACAACUCAGCAAGGGCAGGUGUAUUUCCUACAUACUCAAACUGGUGUAAGCACAUGGCACGAUCCCCGUGUACCUCGGGAUCUUAGCAACAUCAAUUGUGAAGAACUUGGGCCUUUGCCUCCUGGAUGGGAAAUCCGAAACACAGCCACAGGCAGAGUUUAUUUUGUUGAUCAUAACAACAGGACCACACAGUUUACAGAUCCACGACUAUCAGCUAACUUGCACCUGGUUCUAAACCGUCAAAAUCAACUUAAAGAUCAACCACAACAGCAGCAACAAGUUGUUUCCCUGUGCCAACUUUCAGACGAGGCUGAAUGUCUUACUGUGCCAAGGUACAAACGGGAUUUAGUACAGAAACUCAAGAUUUUGAGACAAGAGCUCUCCCAGCAGCAGCCCCAAGCUGGACACUGCCGUAUAGAGGUCUCCAGGGAAGAAAUUUUUGAGGAAUCUUAUAGACAAGUCAUGAAGAUGAGACCGAAAGACUUAUGGAAGAGAUUAAUGAUAAAAUUUCGUGGGGAAGAAGGCCUUGAUUAUGGAGGUGUUGCCAGAGAAUGGCUGUAUUUGCUGUCCCAUGAAAUGCUGAAUCCAUAUUAUGGCCUCUUCCAGUAUUCCCGUGAUGACAUCUAUACUUUACAGAUAAAUCCAGAUUCUGCUGUUAACCCGGAACAUUUAUCCUACUUCCAUUUUGUUGGUCGAAUCAUGGGGAUGGCUGUGUUUCACGGACAUUAUAUUGAUGGUGGCUUUACAUUGCCUUUUUAUAAACAGCUGCUAGGAAAGCCAAUUACAUUGGAUGACAUGGAAUUAGUUGACCCAGAUCUUCACAACAGCUUAGUAUGGAUACUGGAGAAUGAUAUUACAGGAGUUUUAGACCAUACAUUUUGUGUGGAGCACAAUGCAUAUGGCGAAAUCAUACAGCACGAACUUAAGCCCAAUGGCAAAAGCAUUCCUGUCACAGAAGAGAGUAAAAAAGAAUAUGUCAGGUUGUAUGUAAACUGGCGAUUUUUAAGAGGAAUUGAAGCUCAGUUCCUGGCUCUGCAGAAGGGUUUUAAUGAAGUAAUUCCACAGCAUCUGCUGAAGACAUUUGAUGAGAAGGAACUAGAGCUCAUCAUUUGUGGCCUUGGGAAAAUAGAUGUUAAUGACUGGAAGGCCAACACAAGGUUAAAACAUUGCACCCCAGAUAGCAACAUUGUCAAGUGGUUCUGGAAAGCUGUGGAGCUCUUUGAUGAAGAGAGGAGGGCUCGAUUACUACAGUUUGUGACUGGAUCAUCCAGAGUGCCUCUUCAGGGUUUCAAAGCAUUACAAGGUGCUGCUGGCCCAAGACUGUUUACCAUUCACCAGAUUGAUGCCAGCACAAAUAAUCUGCCCAAAGCUCAUACUUGCUUCAAUCGGAUAGACAUUCCUCCUUACGAAAGCUAUGAGAAGCUCUAUGAAAAGCUGCUAACCGCCAUUGAAGAAACAUGUGGGUUUGCCGUGGAAUGAUCUUUAGCAGAUCUGCAUGGAACUGAAUUAAUACUCCAAGCAGAAAAUCCUUUCCUCAGCCAUGAUACAAUAAAUGCUUGAAAUAUAGGAGACUUCCCCCCACACACACCUUUUUUUUUUCUACUAGAGGACAAUAUGAGGGAAAGGACCAUUUUUGGAAUUCUUCAUUCAAGAAAAUGUUCUGUGGCUCCUGCCAAGGAAUAAUUCAGCUGCUAUUAAAAACUAGUAUCUUGAACAUGCAGAAUGCUGACUUUUCCUUCAUUUCAACAGUUAAGCAGUAUUCUCUUUGAAAGACGACUACUAUUUUUGUAAAAGGUGAUCUGAUCUGUUUGCUUACCUGAUUUCUACUAUCAGAGGUCCAAGGGACAGCUCUUGAUACAAGCCACAUUCCAGCUGACUUAUAUAAAUGUGAUUCUGAAUAGCACCUGUACUUGCUAUUUUUUUAAAUAAAGUAUUUUGAUUAUUCUAACUUUUGCAUAAAAUUGGCUAAACGAAUCACAAACCUUUUAAAGUAAGGCUACUUCACAGUAUAAACUGUAUUUUCUUAUACAGUGCAAUGAUUUUAUUCUGCGUUAUAAGCUCAAUUUCAGUGGUCCUGUGUCAGGAUUUUUAUAUUUCUCAAGCAUGAAUUAUAAGGUUUCGGUCUUUUUCUUCAGUCAGAUUUCUCUAGCAGAAUCUUAUCUGAAUUAAAUUGCACUGCAUUUGGUACAGUACUUUGUGGUAAAUGUGGAAAGCCCUUUUUAAAAAUGUAGGCAUUCAGCAUUUUUUAAAUGAGCAUUUUUUGUAAAAAGUCAAUACUUGAGGUGUUUUUUUUAAAAAAAAUGCUUUCCAUUUUAAAUGGAACUGCUGCAUUUUUAGACUCCUAAAUAUAUAUGGAUGAUAUCAUUAGCCUUCAUAGAUCAUCAGUUGAUUGUUCAAAACACUCUGUGGAUGUCAAAUCAACCAAAGCUUUUACGUUCAGAUACAACCAACCUGCACUGUAUAUUAGUUGUUGCUCAAUAAUCUGAUCCAGAUAAAAUUGCCUUUACUUUGAACUGCUUGUAGUCAAUGAGUUUGUGGUAGUGGCGAAUAAGGGGGGGGAAACCCACAAUAUUGUUGAUUCAGCUAUAAAAUACUGAUGUGCUGUAAUGUGCUCUGUUUAGCAGCUGGCUCAGAUACAUAGGAAAUUAUUUGCCUUUGUUUUAAUGCAAGCAUAUGUGGAAUGCUUAAAAAACAAAAGGCAUCUUCUAAUACUGGUGACUUAUUUACAUUUGAACACAGUCCUUAAUUGUUAAGAUGUGCAUUUGUUGAAGAUGGCUCACAUAUAAAAGCUUUCCGUGUAAUUCCGUGUGGCUGCUAUGACAAGAACAACAGAUGGCAUAAAAAUUGCUGAAUGUCAUAAUCAGUAUCAGCAAUGGUUAAUGCUAGUAUUUUCCAUAUGUCCUACUUACCUAUGUGGCAGAUUAAAGUAGAGCUUGCAUGUGUUGAACUAGGCCUCAUUCAGCAAUGCUGUGAACUUAACAGUUCAGCUGCUUACCUUAACACAAUCAAGAGACAGUAAACAAUGCAAUGCAUGCUCUAAGAACUAAUUGUAGGCCACCACUUGUUUAUUAUUAUUAUACUGAUAAGAGUGCCAAUUACACUCUGGAAACUGCAUAGCUUUGCUGGUCGAUCUUUUAAGAAAAUGUUUUAAAAGAAAAGGCAAGGGCAAAGCAUGUUCAUUGUAUAGUGUUUCUUUUCUGACUUGGUCCAAAUGCUGAUCCUGGAGUCCAGCAGACUUGUAUGGCAAUUGCCACUCCCAUCAGGCGCAUAUUGCAUUUUGAGGAAAAAAUGUAGUUUUCAUUUGACUGUUCUUGAAAGAAUUUCAUGGUACCUUUGUUUAUACAAAAAGGCAGAAAUUUUGGGAUAAGAAGCAAUUGCACAAGUUAGACUAUUGUAGUAUAGGAGUUGGUGAUGAUAGAUGGUCUAUUUAUGAUUCCUAGUUGAACAGAACCAAUACAGUUUCUGGUAGAUUAGAUUACUGUUUAUGGGCUCUACAGCAUUAGUUAUUCAAAGCCUGCUACCGAGGAAUGUGUGCAGCUUAGUUCCAGAGUAGGGAGUUGGUUGCCCUUCAGAUGUUUUGGAUUUCACCUCCUAGAGUCCAGUCAGCACCAUCAGUGAUUGGUUGUGAAGGUUUGCUACAAAAUAUCUGUCGAGCACCAGUUUAUCCGCUCCCAAUAAAAUAAAUUUGAAGCUGAUAAGGAGCAAGCCCGUAUUCCCAGUUGGGAUAUCUUUUUAUGCCUGUCUGAAAUCCCCCCCCCCCUUCACAUCAUCUCUGGGAUAUUCUCUCUUCUUCAGCUGAUCUUUCAGGUUUCAGGAAUAGCAUUGAUUUAUUUGCUAGAUGUUGAAUGAAGAACUUAUGGAGCCUUGGUUUUUGUACACUAUUAAGCACUGAGUGCUGAGCACCUCUGAAGGUGGAUUCCUGCCUUUUAUAAUUGACCAUUGAGGUCUUUUCUUUUGUAUGUACACAAGCUUCUUAGGAGCUUCUUGGAUAAAUAGAUAAAUCCAUAGAUUUAUCUAUUUAGCAGUAAUAGUCUUGUCUUGUCUUGUUUAAGAUACCUCCAUUUUGAAUAGGAUGAAACCUAGCAAUCUUAAGAGUGGAAACUGAGAGCGGAAAGAAUUUGUUGACAGUGAAGAAAAUGGGAUGUUACGUUUGGGAAAGGCAAAUCCAACCUGGUCUCAUUCCAAAGCUUAUGUUUUUGAACAGUGACUGCAUUGUUGCUCUACUUUAAAUUGUGUUCAGAGAACCUUUUAUUACAGCACUAGUCUAAUUCUCUAUGUAUUAGGCAAAAUUAAACUAUAACUGCAUCUUGCUUUGACCAACACUGAGCAGACGAAUGCAAAUAGAAUUCUCAGGUCUCCUGAGUGCCUUUUUAUCUGCAUAAAAACCAUUAAAAGCUUUAAAGCACACAACUUACCGGAAGCUCUUCUCAACCCAUCUGUUGCAGAUGUAUAGCCAUGCUUCUUUUCCCAGUGCUAAAUAUGAUGCUGGACCUUUGGAUUUUUACCCUAGGUUUAAAUGUGAAUAUUUAUUUCCAGUGCACCCCUUUUCCCAUAGGAUUUCUUCAUCAAUUCUGAACGUGGAUUGAAUAGUUAAGAGAGAUGCCACCUCACAUUUCCAUGCUUUCUUUUCAGGAAUGAAUGUGUUAAUAUGAAUAGUGACAAUUU